GGCAUCAAUCUAGAGUGUGCCAUGCCCACGGUUUUCCACAGAAACGGAGACGUAACGAUCUGCUAGCGAGUGAUGGAUCCAUCUUCUUGAACGAAGGCCACCAAUACCCUUAAAAAAAUAAAAAAUAACUAGCGGCUGUGUUUUCAUGGGAAAUGUAUUAGCAAGCUGACGUUAGAUAGCUCGAUAACUGCGCCAAAAAUGAUGCGAGAUUCAAUCGAAUGCGGCAAUGCUAGCUAGUCGGCCAAAUCUGACUGGGGAAUGAUCAUUUCUCAGUUUGCCAGCAUCACAGCUCUGACACAUCACGAAGCCGUUCAGCUAACGAGACAUAAUAACGCUGGAACCUAGCUAGCGUUUAGUUGGAUAGAAAAAGAGGACGAACAUUUGCUGGGAAGCGGGGACUGUGCCAUUGCAAGACUGGCCAUAUGGAUGCAGCGCCUUCGUGUGCAUUUUACUGACAAUUGUGGCUUGGCUCUAGCUAGGGGGCGGACAGCGCAGAGAAGGCGGACAGUUGGCUAUAUUAGCUAACUAGCUUGUUGUUGGAUGUCGCGACAGUGCAGUUAGCCCCGUUCGUUGUGUCAGGCCAGGGACCAGGGACGCACGAGCCGAAUCAGUGGACAGGGGGUAUCGCAAUCGAGGCGGGCUAAAGGGAUAGUUAGCUAGCCAGGCAGCUAGCUAGUUGUCCAACUAGCUAGCUAACGUGAGAAAUCUAAAACAAGGCUUGAAGCGAGCAUCAACGGAGAGAGGCCCUCAACACACCCCCUCGCAUCGACACUGCCCCCUCUUCCCCGAUCCUCCCGUGAUUUGCUGAGAUCCGUACACGGGUAAAGUCGGACAGUUCUCGGUUGGGGGACAACUUGACAGCGAGGCCCCUAGCUCCCCUCCCCCCAUUCCCAUCCAAGACCCCUUAGUCCACCUCCUCGUCAGACAUUAAUUAGAAGCAAGGGUAGGGAUAUUAGAUACCUAGCUAACGUUAACCCAUCCAACCGAAGUCUGUCAUCCAGAUAGUCCCUUUUAAACCGCGGGCUGCCAAAACCAGGAGGGAUGACUUUGGAGUCGAUGAUGGCUUGCUGCCUGAGUGAAGAGGCGAAGGAAUCGAAACGAAUCAAUGCGGAGAUAGACAAACAACUCCGGCGAGACAAGCGGGACUCGAGGAGAGAACUGAAAUUGCUCCUUCUCGGUACAGGAGAGAGUGGGAAGAGUACAUUCAUCAAGCAGAUGAGGAUCAUCCAUGGGGCAGGCUACACAGAAGAGGACAAGAGGGGUUUCAUCAGGCUGGUCUACCAGAACAUCUUCACCUCCAUGCAGUCUAUGAUCAAAGCCACAGAAAACCUCAAGAUCCCCUUCAAAUACGAACAGAACCGGUCUAAUGCCAUGUUAGUGAAGGAGGUGGACAUAGAGAAGAUCUGUGGCUUCGACCAGCCCUACAUCAGCGCCAUCAAGACCCUGUGGGCCGACCCUGGGAUACAGGAGGCCUACGACAGACGCAGAGAAUACCAGCUUUCAGACUCCACUAAAUAUUACCUUAGUGAUAUAGACCGUGUCACGGCGGGGGGAUAUGUUCCUACUCAGCAGGAUGUGCUUCGUGUCCGGGUCCCCACUACGGGAAUCAUAGAGUACCCGUUUGACCUGGAGAACUGCAUCUUCAGGAUGGUGGAUGUAGGGGGUCAAAGGUCAGAGAGGAGGAAGUGGAUCCACUGUUUUGAGAACGUCACUUCCAUCAUGUUCCUGGUGGCCCUCAGCGAGUACGACCAAGUCCUGGUGGAGUCUGACAACGAGAACCGUAUGGAGGAGAGUAAGGCGUUGUUUAGGACCAUCAUCACCUACCCCUGGUUCCAGAACUCUUCAGUCAUCCUGUUCCUCAACAAGAAGGAUCUGCUGGAGGAGAAGAUUGCAUACUCCCACCUGGUCGACUACUUCCCUGAGUUUGAUGGUCCCCAGCGAGAUGCCCAGGCAGGCCGGGAGUUUAUCCUGAAGAUGUUUGUGGACCUGAACCCGGAUAGCGAUAAGAUCAUCUACUCCCACUUCACCUGCGCCACGGACACCGAGAACAUCCGCUUCGUCUUCGCUGCCGUCAAAGACACCAUCCUGCAGCUCAACCUCAAAGAAUACAACCUGGUCUGAGAGACUCUUGCACGCACACACACUCCUCCCAGUUGCACAGCUUAGCCUACACACACACACACACACACACACACACACACACACACACACACACACACACGGAUACCUAUGAAGCUUACACAUACCUACACGUCUAGUUGAUCUUUCCCCCUCCUGCUUUUCACUCCAGAGAUUUAAGACCCCUCUCUUCCUAUAUCUCUCCUCCCAUUCGCUCUCUCAUUCCUUCCCUCUUUCUACCCUUUUGCCAUAAGCCUGUCCUCUCCCUCGUUCUCAGCAUCUUAUCAGUCUCCUCUUCUCCACACCACACACACACACACACGCCAUGCAGUAUACAGUGACUACGGGAGGGAACAAUGGGAUGUGUGUGUGUGUCUGUGUGUGCGUCUGCGCCUGUGUGUGUGUGUGAGAAGGUGAGGAAGAGGACCAGUGCGGUCAGUGAACUGUGGGUCUUUAACCCUUGAACCCUCAGUCAACUGGCCUGAGAUCACGUCCUCUGAUUGGUGGAAGGAGUGAACCAACCGCAAGGCAAAAACCACCUGAGGGGGUGACGUUUUACACUCUAUGAGGGAGGGGCUAAAGACUGGGAGGGGGAUGGAGACAAUGAGGUAACAAAGGAAGCCACCAGGACCUGAGCAGGAAGUGAUGUCACACACAGAAGUGAGGGGGCAGACCAAGGAUCCUGUUUCCACCUCGCAUCGAUGAAUGUAUACUCCGAGUGAGCGUUGCAAACGCAAAAAAAAUAUAUAAUUAAAUAUAUAUGUUAUAAAGUAAUUACGUAUGUAGACAAAAUACACUAAGACUGAAAGCACCAGAGAGAGAGGGAAAAGCAAAUCUAUGAAAUCUGUGUAUCGCUGAGCUUUUUUACAAACCGUUUUUAAUAAUAGUAACUCGUUGCUAAUAAGUCGUUUGAAAAGUUUUAGAAGCGGUUAACAAAACAAAAUCACUAAAUCUCGUAUUUAAAACAUUUGCAAAAUAGACAAAAUAUCACAAAACAAGAUGGUAACCAGAAACGGACUCUAAUUUUAUCCUUUACAGACGGCUGUGGUUGUUCAUGUUUAGGUUUGAUCACAUCGCUUCCCUCCUUCACUGGUUUACUGACUGAUAGACCGAAACCUUCCGUUUGACAUCCACAGUACCACGUUCUGUUUGAUACACGCUAUGUUAAGAUUACUGAACAUCCGAUACUCGCUACUAUGGUCUGAUUGGACAGUUGCUGAGGGGGAGGGAGUCAUGUAUGGAUGAUGUCAUCAGCGUACGGUACAUCAGUCUGUGAAAAAUGACAUCACGCAUUAAGUCGCCCAGUGACCCAAUCAGAUGUGCUCUGGAGAUUCUGGGCAAUUCAUCCCCACGAAUGACACGGUGGCAUCCAUUAUCCCAGACACACAGGAAGCUUUACGUUGUUUACCUUUUUUUACUGUAUAGACACUUUUGUUUGUUGAUGAGAGGUGGUUGUUGAUUGGUGGGAGCAGGAGAGGUAUGAUCCUGUCUCUCCCAGAUGGACAGACAAGCCACUCUGAAGUCUACAAAAAGUUAUUGUUUGUGUAUAUUUCUGUUUGUAAAUACAUGUACACAGAAACGCUCCUGUACAAAAACACUCUGUGGUACAGUACACCAUCUUUGGCAAAACAAAAAAAAAUCCUUUUUUUUUUCUCGAUAGUGUACUGUUUUUGUUUUCCUAUGAAUUUACUAGUAUUUAUACUGUGAUUCUGGAUUUCUUUGAUUAUUGAUAAUCAGUUGAUUUAUAAGAGGACUACACACACAGAGGGCUGCAGUGAGAGGAAAGGAACGGUAUCAGAACGUAGGUUCUAAACAAUCAGGAGCCUUCUAUUCUAGAACCUUUUAGAACAUUCUAGAUCCACGGCACUCCUCUGCAGCUUCUCCCUACUAACACUAGAGCAGAUUAGUUAUUCACAAUAUGUUGACAAAAGACAUGAUAUUAAAAGAGUAACUAAAUAAA